UUUCGAUGCUGUAGCGUAGUGUGAGAAAAUUGUUGAAAAUGUCUAAGGUCGUGAGUACUAAACAGCAACUCGAAAGGCUGGUUUCAUUGAUGGAAGAAAAUCCUCAACUUGCGAAAGGGAUUUGUACGAAGCUUCAGGCGGCAAAAAAGUGGGAAGAUAUUGCGCUGGAGCUCAAUUGUUUAGGACCACCAAUUAGAACGACAGCAAAGUGGAUUAAGGUGUGGGCUGACAUGAAAUCGAAGACCAAAAAGAAAAUGUCACAAAAUAAGGCUGAAUACCGAGCAACAGGUGGAGGACCAAACAGGCUUCAAUCUUAUACAAAUAUUGAGGAGGCCAUAAUUGGAUUACUCGAGCUUGAUGCCUGUGUGAAUCCACCAGGAGCGGAAUUCGGCCUAGAUAUAAGUGAUAAUCAGCGCCUAGAUUCGCCUGAGCCGGCUCCAGCAGAUGAAAACCAGCCACCAUUCGAUUUGGAAACGAGCAAUGAAGACCGGAACUAUGCAGUUGGCGAAAAUACAACACGAACCCCCAGAAAAAAACGGUGCCACAAAACGGAGAGACUGAGGUUGUUGGAAGCCCAGACAAAUGCCCAGAAGGCUUUUUAUGAAAACGUAAUUUCGAACAUAAAUGAAAUUAAAAAAAGUGCUAGGGAAACUGAAAAAUACGCAAAAAGAACGUACUACUUAAAAAAAGACUCAACCAAAGAACUCUUACAAAUGAAAAAAGAAAAAUUAGAAAUUUAUAAAAGUGAAGUUAUGAGAAAGCAGCAAGAUCGGAAAGCAAAAUUGCAACUAAAGGUUGCACUUUUAGAAAUGAAGAAAAAAAUGUUGCCUAAACCAUAACUUAUAAUUAUAUUUUUAGCGAAUGCAUUCAAGUGUUAAUUUUUUAGUAGUAUUAAGAAGGCUUUAUUAAUCUUUAAGUAAUAUAUGUAAGUGAAUUAAUGAUAUUUUUUGCCUGUGAUAUGAAUUGAGAAAGGCUGUAAAAACUUUUAUGUAGAUUUUUUAAAAACAUGAAUUUAUGUGAUUUUUU